GUAUCAUAGACUCCGCCCCCACUGCAACGCAACCGAGGGAACCUCCGAGAUAAGCGGCCAGACAAUGGACCACUAAAAUACACCGAUACAACAGUUAAACUGGGGCUGUAGCUGCUCUGCUAGAGACAGAACCGGGUCAGAAUUACAGCGGCGGACACGGCGGAGGGCGGAGGGCUCUGUGGCGGGGAAGUUGUGGGUUCGGUUCGGCUGUGUGUGUUGGUGUCUGUGUGAUGAUGAUAAAGCAGGACGGGGGCAGAUAGACAGAUAAACAGCUCGGUAUUCCUCACUUUUCCUUCCUCUGGAUCUUCACCACCGGCUCCGGAGGCUCGUUAACGGACUGCCCGGCUCGCUGGCCCUCUCCCGGACCUGUCACUGGAGCUGUCCGCUACUUUAACUCGAGCCGCACCGGAGAAGGCAGGCAUUGUGCGCGGCUGAUCUGUGGCGGUGUGAAUAAUUAAGCAGUAAGAUGAGCUCAGAGGAGGCCACAGCUCCCCCCAAAGCAGCAGCAGCAGCAGCCGCCGACGAGGAUGGCAUGUCCUGGUGGUACCGGUGGAUCUGCAAAACCGCAGCUGUGCUGGGUGGCCUCGCAUGUGCGGUGAUGGGGGUCUGGAACUGUGUGACAGUGCACCCCUUAAAUAUUGCUGCAGGAGUCUGGAUGGUGUUGACGGCGUGUGUGUUGUUUAUCUGCGAGGUGCCGUUCUGCUGUCAGUUUGUGGAGUUUGCGAAUGCUGUGGCUGACCGGGCAGACCGCAUGCGUCCCUGGCAGAAAGCACUGCUCUACUGCGGGAUGGCACUCUUCCCAGUCUUUCUGAGUUUUUCCAUCACCACUCUUUUUGGAAACGCCAUUGCCUUCGCCACAGGAGUGCUCUACGGUCUCGCCUCCCUCGGAAAGAAGGGCGAUGCUGUCAGCUACGCCCGACUGCAGCACCAGAAACAGGCUGACGAGGAAAAGUUGGCUGGCACAACAGAGGCUGUGGCUCCUUGACCCCACCUUCAACCUUCUUCUCCUUUGUUGGCCCUCAUUCUUCUACCUCUCCUGCCCUAUUCUUGACCUCCUUGUCCGUUUGUCCUUUUAUUGGAAGGUUAUUUAAAAACACCUUUUUUUUAACAUCAGGUUUGAAAUCCAUGUUUGAAUUCUGUAUUUAUUCCCUCCGUUGUGUUGGUUUUUGUUCUGUUUUACGUCUUUUUCAUAUUUAUAAUCAGUAAUUUAUGAACUCAGAAGGAACCUCAACACCCAGUUUUCUGCAGAAGAUCUGAUUGCAUGUUCCUAAAGCAAAUGUCACCUUCUGUCCAUCUUCUGUAUUUAUGGUCAAACCAAUAGUCACUGCAGGUGUUUGCUUUUCUAUUCUGACGUCAUAUUAUUAGGAGUUAUUCUGCUAUUUUUUGUUGGGAACUGUAAUUUUCUUUAAUUUCUCGCCUCCAGUGAAAGUGUAUGUGUGAUUGGCCUGCUGAUAGAGAAUCACUGGAAACAUAAGAUGCAAUGGAACCAUUAAAACUUGUGCCUGUUAAUAGGAAUUGGCUGAGUGGUGGCCACAAGAGACACCUAAAGAUUCCAUCAGCAACUAUUCAACUUGUCUAAAAAAAAAUCCACAAGGCAUUAGAAUACUGUGGUCUUAAUUCAUCAGGAAAACAGAAAAAUAAACUAAUUAUCACUGGCCAUUAGCCAUCAUUGGAAAAACCACCUCUAAUUUUGGUGGUUUCUUUGUAAGCAGGAUGGUGUGAUUGGUGUUUUAGAUCGCAUAAAGAGAGUGUUAGCUAUAUGGCUAGCUCUCGUGACUGUGUGUGAAAGUUGUUCUGUCACUAACCUGCCUUUGACACAAUGUUUUCUGCUGCAACACUUUAAAGAAAUGCUCCUCUUUUAAAGAAAUGAUUGUAAGCUUGCUAUGCUGCUCUAAUUCCAAAAACAAAAAACCCUGCUCGCACUCGUUCUAGCAUUUCUAACCUAAGAGAGUGUAGCUAAGACUGAAGUGCAAUGUUUGUCGGACGUUUACCUACUUCUGGACCUUAACAAAGUUUAAAAAGUGUUGUAGUGCACUAACCUAAGCGAUUUGGGGUACUGAGAAUGUUCAAGAGGCCAGACCAGUGUGUUUACAAGAACUAGUCUGAGGUUAGCCGCAUGCUAACCUGUGUAUGAGGUGUGUUUGCUAUCCUGUUGUUAGAAGGGCAGGUGGUAGCUUUGCUAGUUUUUGCUCCCACAUUCAGGGACUUUAGUCUUCUCUUAAAGCCAUCUUUUACCAAGGUCCCUGACCUGAAGGGCUCUUUUUCUUCUAAACCGAGAAUGACUUGUACCUCUGCUCUGUGGUGGUGUGAUGUUUUGUGUUAGCCGUUAGCUGCUGUCUCAGUUUUCAGUUAGUAGCUGUUGAGUUCAGUCCGAUUAGCUGGGUUAGCUAAAUGCAACCCAUUCUCUCCAAACUGGGAGAAUGAUGUUUUAGCAGUCUUAAUCAAUUGUUCACACUACAGAUACAUAAAGUUCUUACUUUUAAUAAAUCUGAUCUUUGCAAAAAUAAUCAGAACUGAUUAAUCAAGCUUGACAUAUGAACGCAACCAAAGCAACCAAACAUCAGAGACUCAAAAUCAGGUUUAAGUCACUUCUGGCAGGUAAUAUAAAAAUCGACAGGCUAAACUAAAUAUCAGGUUCAGCUUGUGCUUGACAUUGUCUGACUACUAGGAUAAAAAAUUUAGUCAAAGCAUAUGUUUUAGGUACCUUUUGUUACAAAAAAAAAAAUCUCAGCAUGCUUGUGGUGCACAAAACAAGAAGACACGUGGAACAAUGUGGAAAAUGAAAUGAAAAAAGGACAUUAGAUAAAAAAAACAGACUUUUAGCGUACCAUCAGCUUCUGACUUUUUAAUUUUCAAUGCCACAAUAAACCAGCAAGAAUUAAAACUCAACCAGCAAGCAAACCAGCUGUCUCCGCUGGGCCUGUCAUGAUAAUUCAAUUACGCUUUUGAGUUGGAAAGCAAUAUGUGGACAUGACCUCAAUAUUUUUUGCUGUCAUUUUGUAGCCCAUUGUGUUUACUUAGCAAGAUGAACAAAUUAAUGUGAAUGUCACCUGUUUAACAAUGUGUUUUAUUUAUUUAGAAUUACUUAAACACCAUUUGUUUAUUCCAAUACUAAUGUCUUAAUGUCAGAACAAUAUUUGUCACGUUAUGAUAUAUUUUAUAUUUUAUGCCACUGAUGUAAUAAUAAUACUAUGAUAUUAUAUCAUUAUGAUAUCAGUGGCAUAAAAUAAUCUUAAAGUGACAAAUAUUGUUCAUCGCCGUCAUUUCUGAGACCUAAUUUCAUCCAAAAAUCGUUACCGUGACAGGCCUAGUCUCAUACUCCCUUUUAAAAGCCUAAAUCCAAACCUUCUCUCUCUCUCUGUUGAUUCUAAACCAGAACACACCAAUUGCUAUGCCUGUUAGCAUCAUAUAGUCUUUGGACCUCAUGCAUUGUCCUUGACUGACCUCCUUAAGGACUUGAUAAUCACCUGAUAAGAAUAUUAAAGCAAGUAAAACACAAAACCGUGCAGCAUAGAUGCUUAUCAAGCCCUUUAUCGAAAAUGUUCCAGUAGUAAGAGUGUGCUAAUCAGGCUGUUUGUUGGCAGUAUAUGUUACUAAUUGUGAAUUAUGGAUAAUGCUGCAUUGUAAAUAUAACAGUACGUAGUAAACUUACAAUAUAAAUCUCUGUAAUCGGUACAAGUCACUGGUCCUCCGUUUGCAACAACUUUUUUCAGAUGUUGAAGUUUACAGAGUUAUCUUCUCACACAAAACCUAAUAUAUUAUUCGUAGUGCAUGAUUCUACUUCCCACAGAGCUAUUACCAAGUUUGUGUUUUCUGACUACUGAACAAAAAACGAAACUUAAUAUUUUCCGAAAUUGUAGGCUCGAAAACUGACACUUUUCUUCACAUUUCACCCUGGUAAAGCCAUUUCACUGCAUAUUGAGCUAAAAACAAACAAAGCUAACAAGCUAACUAGUUGGCUGCCUAUUAGCUGAAGGCUUGCAAAAUUUGCUAGACUUUGCUAAUUUUCAUUUAUUUUCAGCCAAGUUAUUAUUAGUAGCUAAAGUUCUCACCCGUAAAUACUAGCUAACUAUGCUAAUGACACAGAAACCAACCAACAUAGCAUCAUGCUAACUGGCUGCGCACAGCAGCUUAACGCAUGUUAGCGUUGUUAGGCUUGGUGAGUGCUAAUGUUUCUGUAAGCACAUACACUGCACUACUUUUACAGGGGAAAGAAACCAAAAUCAUUCAAAAGCAUGAAGCAAAGUCUUGAUUUUCCUUCCGAUAUUUUGUGUUCUGGUUGUGCUCCAAAUGUGUGUGUAUGCAUGUGUGUGUAGAGUUGUGUUGUGUAAAUGAGAAGAGUGUUUUAAAUAUGAACAGUGUAAACUGGACCUUUUCUGACGUUUCGGACUCUUUUAGUGUAUGUUUUUGUUUGUUUUCUUCAUGCACUACAGAAUAAACCCAUCUGCCUUUUA